CACUUGUUCUUAGCAAAAAGUUUUCAGAAUUAUGUUUGGCAGUUACAAAUAAAAAUUAUAUUUGCUGUAUGAAAGUCCACUGCCAGUAGUACCCAGUUGUUCCCCUCGCCAUUCUCUCUUUUCUUACUGUGAAACCAUGAUCUUCCGAUUUCUCAUUCUCUUUUUUGUGGUCUCAGCAACAUCAAAAACAACUUUGCUUGCAUUUUCAAACAAUGACACUGAUCUACUGGCGCUGCGUGCUUUCAAUGCUUCGAUAGAGCAUGAUCCAUUGGGUGCGCUAGCCUCAUGGAACAAUUCCAUCCACUUCUGUCACUGGAAUGGUGUUAAAUGCAGCUCGCAGAGAGUAACCGAACUCGACCUCAGCUCGAAACAGCUGGUGGGCACAUUGUCUUCUCAUAUCGGAAAUCUCUCGUUUCUCAGGGUGCUUAGCCUAUAUGAAAACAACUUUCAUGGCCUAAUCCCGAAUGAAAUUGGUCGACUUUCGCGCCUACAAAUUUUUUCCCUGGCGUCCAAUUCUUUUGAAGGCAAAUUGCCUACCAAUUUGAGUCGCUGUGUAGAUAUCACAUUAAUUGCUUUGAGCAAUAACCAUCUACAAGGAGAAGUAUUUCCCGAGUUCGCUUCUUGGCCUAAGCUUAAUUUCUUUACUCUUGCCGGGAAUAGCUUUACCGGAUCAAUUCCACCUUCAAUAGGAAAUAUAUCAUCUCUUCGCGUUCUUGAUCUAUCCGAGAACAAUCUACACGGGCAUAUACCUUUGGAAGUGGCUCAUCACAAAAAAUUGGAACGUCUUGUUUUCGCAAAUAACAGCUUGUCAGGAAUGAUUCCCCUGCAAAUAUACAACAUUUCAUCCCUCUCUGAUGUUGAUCUAAGCAGGAAUAAUCUGCUGGAAGGAACGAUUCCAGCAGAUUUCGGCUUCACCCUUCCUCAGCUGACAAGUUUCAUUGCCGGAGGCAACAGAAUUUCAGGCCCGCUUCCUCCAUCACUAGCUAAUGCGUCCAAUCUCGUGACUUUUGACAUCAUAGAAAACAGGAUUACUGGGCCUAUACCCAACAAUUUGGGCAGCCUUUCGCAACUUGAGUGCCUAAAUAUCGGUGAUAAUCCACUUGGAGAUGGUACGUGGCGCGAUGAUGACUUGAGUUUUCUUGAUUCAUUGGUUAAUUGUACCAAACUUAGCAGAUUAAACUUUGCAAGCAGUGGACUGAAGGGGAAGCUUCCUGAUUCCAUUGUGAAUCUCUCCGCUGUGGAACAAAUGUAUCUGUCCGAAAAUCACAUCCACGGAAGCAUACCACGUGAAAUUGGAAAACUUGUGAAUGUCUCAACACUUUCAUUUCAUCACAACCUAUUAACAGGGUCCAUUCCAGAAUCAAUUGGAAAGCUAUCAAAACUAGGCGAACUAGAUUUGGCAGAGAACAAUCUUUCGGGAACAAUUCCAACUUCCAUUUCGAACAUCACUCAGUUAGUUAGACUCCGGUUGAAAGGUAAUAUGCUCAACGGAAGCAUACCUGCUGAAUUGUUUAACAUCUCAACUCUGGAGAGAUUGUCCCUUGCUGACAACAGGCUUGGAGGGGAAAUACCUGAUAAAAUUGUGUUUUUGUCCCAUUGUAAUUCUCUUAAUUUGUCUCAAAAUCUACUCAGUGGCGCACUUCCAUCCAACAUUGGAAGCUUGAAACAAUUGGUUGAAUUAGAUGUUUCGAACAACAAACUAAGUGGAGAUAUACCAGCUUCUCUUGGUCGUUGUGUAAUGUUGGUGACAUUAUACAUGGAAGGAAACUCUUUUCAAGGUAAAAUUCCAUCUGCUUUCAAAGAAUUGAAAAGUCUUGAGUUUCUGGAUAUUUCAAACAAUAAUAUAUCUGGGGAUAUUAAUCCAAGUUUCUUUGAUGAACUUCGUCUAAUUAAUUUCCUGAACCUGUCUCACAACAAGCUUGAAGGAGAAGUGCCUAAAACAGGUCUAUUUUCAAAUGUUAGUGCUUUUUCAGUCGUUGGAAAUUCGAGGCUCUGUGGAGGCAUUGCAAAAUUGCAUUUGCAUGAUUGCCCUCAUAAGAACAAAACAAUUUCAAUGAGAUUAGUACUAGUCCUAGUUUUUGUGCCCCUGAGUAUCUUGUUAGCAUCUCUUGCCUUGAUCUGUUAUCGGCGUCGAAACUCCAGAAACUUAGAUGACCCUGUCCCAAACCCAAUACUGGAGGACAACUCAUAUCUUAGAAUUUCGUACAAAGACCUUUUUCUAGCUACAAAAGAGUUUUCUCCAAAGAAUUUGCUCGGUGAAGGAAGAUACGGUUCUGUUUACAAAGGAGUUCUUAAAUCAAUGGAACACGUAGUCACGGAAAACUUAGUUGCUGUGAAGGUAUUGAAAGUUGAAGUAACUGGAGCCAGCAAGAGCUUUCUGGCAGAAUGUGAGGCUUUGAGGAAUAUUCGUCAUCGAAAUCUUAUCAAAAUCAUUACAACCUGCUCUAGCACUGAUUUUGAGGGUAAUGACUUUAAGGCACUGGUUUUUGAGUUCAUGAGUAAGGGGAGUGUGGAGAACUGGUUGCAUCCAAGUCCUUCCCAUCAAGGAAACAAAGAAAACUUGUCUCUACUCCAGAGACUAAAUAUUUCCAUUGAUGUUGCCAUGGGACUGGAUUACCUACAUCAUCACAGUAGUCCAACUAUCGUUCAUUCUGACAUAAAGCCAAGUAACAUUCUUCUUGAUGAGGAUUUUGUUGCUCAUAUCGGUGAUUUUGGUUUGGCGAGGUUUUCUUUCUCUACAAGUGAUGUCAAUCAAGCACAAAUGAGUUCGACUAGUAUACAUGGAACAAUUGGAUAUGUUCCUCCAGAGUAUGGAAUGGGCGGGGAGAUAUCUACAGAAGGUGAUGUGUAUAGCUAUGGAAUUUUUCUACUAGAAUUUUUCUCAGGAAAACGGCCUACAGAAUGCAGUGAUGGUAGUAAUCUUCAUGAGUAUGUGAGGAACGCACUCCCAUAUAAAGUAAUUGACAUUACCGACCCAAGGAUUUUACUAGACCAGGAAGAACAUGGCUUGGCCGCGAACAACAGAGCUUCCAUGGAGGUAUGCCUGGGUUCAAUAUAUGAAGUGGGGAUAUUGUGUUCACAAGAGAUGCCACAAAAUCGCAUUGACAUUGGCGUCGCUAUUAAACAGUUACAUGUGGCAAGAGAAAAACUUCUGCAGCUCAUACAGUAACCAAGCAGAGAGUGGCAAUCUUUUCAACAAUACACAAAUAUAGGCAAUUAACUCGAUUUAUACACUCCUGAUAUGACGAGGAAUGAUUUGUACCUAUGUAUUUCAGUUUUCUAUCCUUUUACACGUGUAAUUGUUUAUCAGUAUGUUACUCAAUUUUAAACCUUGAUUAAUUAAUAUGUUACCGUUAUGUUUCCUUGUUA